GAACUUGUCUCGGAAUGAACAGGCAGUGUUUUUCCUCAAAAUGAAUGUUUCAAAAUGCUCGUGUAUUUAAAUCGAUUUUUAAAAUUGAAAGUUUAGGAUAUUCAUAGUUGGCAGCAAUGUUCUCAAGGACUUUGAUAUUUCGGACAUAACUGUAACAAUGAACCAUUACUCGUAUAGAUAAUUUUAACUGUGGCAAAGCAGCAAGGGGAAACUACACAACACAAACCUGGCAAUAUUUUAGUCUUUAAGUGCAACUAGUGCAACAAUUUUGGACCAAACACAACAAACACUGCAACAAGAAGCCACAACCGACCACCCCCACCCCAUCCGCAACGGAACGGGGAAGAAAGUGCGUAAAAUAUCUAAUCAAGAGCCAUGGACUCGGAUAACGACAACGAUUUUUGUGACAAUGUCGACUCGGGCAAUGUCUCGUCGGGCGACGAUGGCGAUGAUGAUUUUGGCAUGGAAGUGGAUAUGCCCAGCUCCGCGGAGCGCCAGAUGGAUCCCGAUGACUACCAGUACAAGGUGCUAAGCACAGAGGAGAUUGUGCAACAUCAGAGGGAGAUAAUCGAUGAUGUUAAUCUGCUGCUUAAGCUCCCUACCACAAAGACGCGAAUUCUGCUGAAUCACUUCAAGUGGGACAGGGAGAAGCUAUUGGAGAAAUAUUUCGAUGAUAACACCGAGGACUUCUACAAAUGCGCACAUGUCAUAAAUCCCAACAACGUCACCGAAGCAGUCCGUCAAAGAACCACACGAAGCCAGUGCGAAGAGUGCGAAAUAUGCUUCUCUCUGCUACCGCCAGACUCCAUGACCGGAUUGGAGUGCGGACAUCGAUUCUGCAUGAUUUGCUGGCGCGAGUAUCUAACAACGAAGAUCAUGACGGAGGGUCUGGGCCAGACCAUAUCGUGCGCGGCGCACGGCUGUGAUAUCCUAGUGGACGAUGUGACCGUUACCAAAUUGGUGAUCGAUGCACGGGUGAAAGUCAAAUACCAGCAGCUGAUCACCAACAGCUUCGUGGAGUGCAACCAGCUGCUGCGAUGGUGUCCGUCCGUCGACUGCACGUACGCGGUGAAGGUGCCGUAUGCGGAGCCGCGCCGCGUCCAUUGCAAGUGUGGCCAUGUGUUCUGCUUCGCCUGCGGCGAGAACUGGCACGAUCCGGUCAAGUGCCGCUGGCUAAAGAAGUGGAUCAAGAAGUGCGACGACGACUCGGAGACGUCCAACUGGAUUGCGGCCAAUACCAAAGAGUGUCCCAAGUGCAGUGUGACCAUCGAGAAGGAUGGCGGCUGCAAUCACAUGGUGUGCAAGAAUCAGAAUUGCAAAUACGAGUUCUGCUGGGUGUGUCUCGGUUCCUGGGAGCCGCACGGCUCCUCCUGGUACAAUUGCAAUCGCUAUGACGAGGACGAGGCCAAAACGGCACGCGAUGCCCAGGAGAAGCUGCGCUCAUCGCUGGCCAGGUAUCUACAUUACUAUAAUCGCUACAUGAACCACAUGCAGUCAAUGAAAUUCGAGAACAAAUUGUAUGCGUCCGUGAAGCAGAAGAUGGAGGAAAUGCAGCAGCACAACAUGUCCUGGAUAGAGGUUCAAUUUCUGAAAAAGGCUGUCGACAUACUUUGCCAGUGUCGCCAGACUCUAAUGUACACGUACGUGUUCGCGUAUUACUUGAAAAAGAACAAUCAAUCCAUGAUAUUCGCUGAUAAUCAAAAGGAUCUGGAGUCGGCAACAGAGACGUUGUCCGAGUACUUGGAACGUGAUAUUACAUCUGAAAAUUUGGCUGAUAUUAAGCAGAAAGUGCAAGAUAAAUACAGGUAUUGUGAAAAGCGCUGCGAUGUACUGCUCAAUCACGUGCAUGAGGGCUAUGAUACGGAGUGGUGGGAUUAUACAGAAUGACGAGAGUCAUGGAUAGAUAAUGAUAACUAAGCUAAGCCAGCGAUGUAUCGGACACGAGUGUAAAGCAAGCUGAAAACCUUUCCCCACAUGCCCAUGCCCAUCAUAGCCCAUGCUCAUAGCCGUACCCGUACCCGUAACCGUACCCGUACCCCAUCGGGUAAUCCCAACUGAAUCCAAUCUAAAUUUAAAGUUACCCCCCUUAGUCUACACGCCCCCCCCCACCCUUAAAUAGUAUGAAGAUUGACAAAGUGUAAAGUGAAGCCAGAGAAAGGCAUGCCCCAGCGAAGGCACAGUAACAGGACCGGAACCGGAAACGGAAAUGGAAACCAAGUCGCAAUUGAGGAAAACAUUUCAGAAUAAUUGUUAAUACAGAAAGAAAACUAUAUUAAAUAUAUUAAUAUACAAGAAAACAUGCAGGAAGACGUAACUACGGCAUGCCGUAAUUAGUUAUACCCUUGCAGCAAUUAGCUAUCAGCGGAAUUAUUUGUGUAAUUACAGCGGCCAGAUAUGUACUAUAUCCGUGGUCUGCCAUAGAAACAGACGGGAGUGGAAGACGGGAGAACAUGCCUGUAUCGUCUCGGCUGUGGAUGACCUGGCUGGCUCCGACCCUCUGCAAGGGUAUAAAUCUAUAUGGGUGUAUAUAUAUUGGAUAUAUGUACAAAAUAGUUUCCUGCGUCCCGCAGGACAUGCAUCAAAUCAGAACAGAACAGAAUACAGAAUACAGACCAGUGACCACCACACAUAGAUAACAACAACAAAGGACACAGAUCAAUGAAAGUCAGACCAGAAAGGCAAACAGAUCAAGAUCAAUCAAGAUAAUACAGCUCAAAAUCAAUGUCACAAAAGGAUCGAUCUUCAUCAACAGCAUAUAAUACUUAUAGUAAGCGAAUAAUCAACAGUUAAUGAAACUUAUUUGAUGUUAACCAAUUGCAAAACAAGAUCUUCAUGUUAUCCAAGCAACAAGAAACCAAAAUCGAAACGAAAACCGAAUGCAAAUGCAACAAAAACAAAAAGUUAAACUAGUAAAUUUCCAUUUCAAUGUCCACAAAAUGAGAUACAAACAAUAGAACCUAAAGAAUACGAAACGAUGCAAGUGUAAGCGGAAAUACUUAUGUAGUUGCCCCAAACCCCGAGACCCCGAUCCCCAACUUUUGUUAUUUUAGCGUCCUAGUAACCCUUUGAGGCAACCUUUCCACCAACCAUCCAUCUAACCAUCGUGCAAUCUUCUGUCCGCCUCCAACCUCCACCCUCCCCACACACAAUGCAUGCGGUUCAUACUCGCACAAAAUUGUGUCUUAGUUUGAUUAGUUCUUUCUUGUCCCUCUUUAAAUUUAUUUUGUUUUCCCCACUUUAAAUAAACAAUUGUGCUUAGCAUAUGGAA